GUUUGUGGGACACUGUGUUUUCUUUACAAUGAGCUGACUGAAUCUCAAAGCGUGGAUUAGUUGAUAUUUCUACCACAGGGUUUUCCUUAAAGUCUGGGCAGAAUGAGGAUGCUGAAGAGAGCGUCUGCACUCAUCCUGAGGAGAGGAAUCACAACCUAUCAGAGCAGACUGGUCAAAAGUGACAGCCUCUUCAGAGUUCAUCCAUCUGUAUCUCAGGCACUGGCAGAAAACAAACCAGUGGUUGCACUUGAGAGCACCAUAAUCACACAUGGCAUGCCUUAUCCACACAACUUGAGCACGGCGAAGGAGGUGGAGGCCAUCGUGCGAGCUGAAGGAGCCACUCCAGCCACCGUCGGAGUGAUCGAUGGUGAAGUGCAUGUUGGUUUAUCCUCAGAGGAGCUCGACCACCUCGCCCGCUCCAAGAGCUCCCUGAAGGUGUCCCAUCGUGAUCUGCCCUACGUCAUCAGCAAAGGGCUCUCUGGGGGAACGACAGUGUCAGCCACUAUGAUUGCAGCACGCCGAGCUGGCAUCCCUGUGUUUGUCACAGGAGGCAUCGGAGGAGUUCACAGAGACGGAGAGAACACUCUGGACAUCAGUGCAGAUCUGACAGAGCUCGGCAGGACUCCCAUCGCAGUCAUCUCUGCUGGUGUAAAGUCUAUUCUGGACAUCGGUCGCACCCUGGAGUUCCUUGAGACACAGGGUGUCUGUGUGGCCACUUAUGGAGGGUCGAGGAAUUUUCCAGCCUUCUUCUCUCCACAAAGCGGUUUCAGUUCUCCAUACCAAGUCUGCAACCCUGAGGAGGCAGCAAAACUCAUCGUGAGCACUCUGUCACUGGGUCUCCAAAGUGGUGUCCUGUUAGCGGUGCCCAUCCCAGAGGAGCAUGCAGCAGCAGGCCAGAUGAUUGAGGAAGCCAUACAGGCUGCAGUAACGGAGGCAAGUGAUAAAGGUGUAACAGGAAGAGAUGUGACACCAUUCAUUCUUCAGAAGGUCAGUGAGCUGACUGCAGGAAAGUCCCUUCAGGCCAACAUUGCUCUAAUUCAUAACAAUGCUAAAGUUGGCAGUCAGAUAGCCUGCGCACUGUCAAAACAAACGACCGAGAGAAAGACUCGUCGUCAUGGACAACACUCAUCAGACUCAGAGUCAGAUAUUGUCGUCAUAGGAGGAAUAAAUGUUGAUUUUAUUGCAAAAGGAAGAACCAAAACACUUCAUUUUGGACAGACAAACCCAGGAAGUGUCUGUCAAUCGUUUGGUGGUGUAGGACGGAACAUCGCUGACUCUCUGAGUCGAUUAGGCCAUAAACCCCUGUUCAUCUCAGCUACAGGAGCUGAUUCUCACAGUGAAGCAGUGUUAAAGUAUUGUGAACAUAUGAACACAAGUGGUGUGGCCCGACUAGAAGAGCAGCGCACAGCAACUUACUGUGCCGUUAUCACUGAGAGUGGAGAGCUGGGUCUUGGACUGGGAGAUAUGGAUGUUCAUCAGCAGAUCACAGAGCAGUAUGUGUCACGGUUUGAGAAGCAGCUAUCAUCAGCCACUCUUGUAUGUCUCGACGGAAACAUCCCCAUCUCCACCAUCAACUAUGUUUGCUCCAUUGCCAGAAAACACAACAUCAAUGUUUGGUAUGAGCCAACAGAUUCAGAUAAGGCUUGUAAGCCUUUCCUGUCAGACGCCUGGAAGUCUCUGUCGUAUUCAUCUCCAAACCUGGCAGAGUUGUGCACCAUGAACAAAACACUGGGCAUCCCAACACCUGAAGUGCUGCCGAACUCUCUGGAGGAGGUGCUGAGUGUUGCUGUGGCUCUCUCACGCCCCCUACUGGAGCAUCUCCACUGUCUGGUGGUGACUCUGGGAGCGAGUGGAGUGCUGCUGUGCGGAGAGCAUGAUGCAGGCUCGGUCAACCUGCAGCCAAGAAAACAGAAGAGGAGGAGGAAGCUCUGUGCUGUUCACUACCCAGCACUGACUGUGACAGCAGAGGAGACAAUGAAUGUGUCAGGAGCCGGAGAUAGUCUCGCAGGUGCUUUAAUAACUGGUAUCCUUCAGCGGCGAGACACAGACAGCUGUGUUCGGAUGGGGCUCCUGGCUGCACGGCUGUCGUUGGCAUCACCGCACCCCAUCGCCCCCACGCUCACCUUAGACUCUGUGGAUCCCAACAAAGCCCAGACUCAGUGCUGGCCCAAACCCAGCUUCAUGUGGAUAGAUUAAUUAUAUUUUCCCAAAAAAAUGUUGAGGCAUUACUGAAGAAAUUUGUGAAGAUUGGGUCUAUCGUGCCUUAGUCUGUUUGUCAUUUUUAGCCUUAAAGAGGAACACCACCUACAUUAAGAACUCUGAUAUGUUAUUUCUGUAGUCUAGGGAAGUUCAGUCAAUAUUUGUGAACAUGAGAAGUAAGUCUCAAACUUGUGGUGUCAUAGGGUAUUAAGUCCGGAGCUGCUCAAUAGACAAUGAAUAGGAGUCUGAUUUUAUGGACCCACAGAAUGUUUUGGGGUUUUUUUUAUAUCCAAAUUAGCUUUAUUCUGUUGCGGUGAUCUCAGCUCUGACACAGAAAAAGUACACAUAUACUCAGAACAUCCCAGUGGGUGCUGUCAGUGUCAUCUAAAACAUCUUUACCAAUUCAUUGUUUAAGGAGCAGCUCCAGACUUUAUACCCUAUGACAUCACUAAUUUGAGUUUACUCUAUUACUCUAGUUUUUGGAUUUGGGAGACAGUUGUUCAUGUUUACUAAUAUUUUUGGACUGUCUUAGACCAUAGGAAUAACAUGUCCGAAUUUUGAAAAUGGGUGUUGUUCUCCUUUAAAAUAUGUGAUUGGAUUCUUGAGAAAUCAGAAUGUAAGAUAGUAACUUGAGUAAAUGAAUGUAAGAAGAUGACACGUUUUACUAAAAUCAUUGAAUCUAAAUUGUUUUUAAUGUUUCAUGUUGUUCUUCUAUUCUUCAAA